AUGGAGAUAUUGGCUCAGUUCAAUAUCAUCCUUGUGCUUUUUUUCACUGUCUUUUUGCUUUCAGCUUGUAAUCAGGCUGAAAAUGUAACAUACUGUAACGACUCAAGGCACUACAUUGUUAAUGUCCUCAGUUUUGAGGUAUCCCCUGAUCCAAUGUUGGUAGGCAGGCCAGCUACCAUCAUCAUCUCGGCUUCUACAAGUCAGCCAAUCUCUGAUGGUAAAGCGGUGAUCGAUGUCUCUUUUCUGGGAUUGCAUGUCCAUACAGAAACUCGUGAUCUCUGUGAGGAAGUAUCCUGCCCUGUCGCUGCAGGCAACUUUGUGCUCUCACACUCCCAAACUUUACCUGUCUUCCGGAAGCAGGGUUCUUACACUCUUCAGAUGACAUUACAUGACGAAAACAAUUUGGAAUUGACAUGCAUUCGUAUAAAAUUCAUUAUUGGAAAUGCUUCUUUUGCGUCCAAUAGUUGA